GGAGCGGCAGGAAUGCAGCCUCCAGACCGGGGAGCAGCUGCGGCUCUUCCGUCAGACGUGACGUCGCUGCUCCCCUGCUGAAAAACUUCCCUCGGCCUAAGUUUUCUAUGAGGGAAAAACUGCGAGCCCCAAAUACUCUCUCUGACCGGGAGCCUCGGAAUGUGCGGACAUUUGCACUCCAACAUUGCACCCCGCCGUCGAAAUGUUAAUACAGUUGUUUCGUUGCAUCGACUCCGUGGCUGUUGUGGCAACUAUUUGUGUAACAGUGCUGCUGGCGAAAAGUUGCGUGUGUGUCACCGAGGAGGACGAUGAGGUGCUGGAGAAAAAGCAGCUCAUGGAGUUUUACAAAAAAGGCAUCUUUAUCCUGGAGAGUGAGCCGCUGAAACGCUGCGUGACAGUGGAUCGCUCCAACCUGGUGCUGGAGGACUGCGAGCGGCCAACACGCCGAAUGCUGUGGAAAUGGGUCUCCCGACAUCGCCUCUUCAAUUUGGGCACCAGCACGUGUCUGGGCCUCAACAUUUCGGACACGACGCAGCCUCUCGGCACGUUCGAGUGCGACAUGGCCGUCCCCAUGCUGUGGUGGCGCUGCAGUGGAGGCAUGCUGUACGGGGCGUCCCAGUGGCGGGUGGCCGUGGCUGGACGUUUGUUGGUAGUAAAAAAAAACUCUUAUCAUGAGUGGAAAAGGUACAACACCCCUAGAGAAGGACCCUGUUCACAUCCAUAUGAAGAUAUCCACACUUUGUUGGGGAAUGCACAUGGCAUGCCCUGCGCUUUUCCCUUUAAAUACAACAACAAAUGGUACUCUGAGUGCACGACUGAGGGCCGUGAGGACCAUCUUCCGUGGUGUGCUACCACCACUCGCUAUGAUCAGGCUGAAAGAUGGGGCUUCUGUCCUAUGCAAGAUUCCAGUUGUGAGCACUUCUGGGAGUCAAACCAGGAGCUGCGUGCCUGUUACCAGUUCAACCUGUACACCAUCCUAACCUGGAGUCAGGCGCUGUCAACCUGCCAGGCCCAAGGUGGAAACCUGCUCAGCAUCACCAGCCUGGCAGAGCACAGGUACAUCAGAGAUCGACUGGCAAGUGUUGGGACGAUGGUGUGGAUCGGGCUGAAUCACCUGAAGGAUGGUCUGGGGUGGCAGUGGUCUGAUGGAGCACCUCUGUCAUUGGUCAAUUUCACCACAGCUCUGCCUGCCAACCCGCAACAGGACGACAGACAGUGUGGAGUGUACAACUCAGCCUACGAGGGCCACUGGCAAAGUCUUUCCUGUGAGUCUGCUCUGCCUUACAUCUGUAAGAAGACACCUAACAACACCAGGAGAGCCGAGCCACUAGAGAACUGGCAGUAUAUCCAUACAGAGUGUGCUAAUGGCUGGUGGCCUCAUAAUGGUUUCUGCUACCGGGUCCUGUCAGAAACUGAGGCAGGAAGCUGGGAGGAAUCUGUCUUGGCGUGUGGCUCUCAGGGGGCAAACCUCACCAGCCUCAACUCGCUGUCUGAGGUGGAAAUGCUGCUCAACCUCCUGGCUAACUUUUCUGGGGAGAGUACGGAGGUGUGGAUCGGUCUCUGGAAACGGGUAUCGUCGCCGACUGUGGAGUGGUCUGAUGGCUCACCAGUAACUCUCACUCCCUGGCAUCAGCUUCACCCUCCUCACAACCUGACGGAUGCAGCACUCUGUGCCAAAGCAGACAGGAAGGAGGGUAACUGGCUAUUGGUGUCAUGUGAUGAACGACUGCCUGCUGUGUGUAGAAGAGAGAGCCUGAAUCCUGGUCAUCACCCUGGAACCUGGGAUGAAGGUUGUCCUGAGGGCUGGAAGCGACAUGGCCAUUCCUGCUACAUGGUGACUAGCCAUGAACAGAGCUAUGAAGAUGCACAGAUGGGAUAUUACUGCAAGGCCCCUCUUCUUACUGUGGAAAACAGGUUUGAGCAGGCAUUUCUCAACAGUUUGCUGAGUGAGCGAGGGGCCAACAGUAGCAUGUCCUACUGGAUCGACCUUGUGGACCAGGAGGAGCAGGGAAGGUACAGCUGGCUCCCUCACAAUGGCUCCUCUCUUCCUCUCACCUUCACUAACUGGAACAAACACCAGCCAGCCAGUGCUGGCGGCUGCGUUGCUAUGUCAGGUGGACCUGCUCUGGGUCACUGGGAGGUGAAAGACUGCAGGUCCCACAAGGCCUUGUCAGUGUGCAAGCAGAAUGUCAGCAGUUACCACGAUCUCCAGCUGCCAGAGCAUCACAUCGACGCCUAUGCCCCCUGUCCUCCAGGGUGGGAAUCACACUCUGGGCUGCUCCUCUGUUUUAAGGUGUUCCACGACGAGAAAGUCCUGAUGAAACGUUCGUGGGUGGAGGCAGACUUCUUCUGCCAGGCCCUCGGGGCUCAGCUGGCCAGUUUUUACCACUAUGAGGAGCAGGUGUUUGUUAAGCAGCUCCUCAGUACCAUGUUUGAAGGGUUGGUACAGCCCUCUGGGCCUCGUCAAUGCAGGAAUGUUCUGGGAAAUGAUGUUUUUUAUUUGAUGUGCAUAGAGCAAACAGAGGGUCGCUGGUUCUGGGUGGGUUUAAACAAGAGAGACCCUGAACAUCCCGGAGUCUGGGAGUGGUCCGACGGCUCUCCUGUGGUGACGUCCUUCAUAGAGGAUAAGAAUGAAGAGGACGACAGGAGGGACUGUGCUGUGUACAGUGACCUGACCAACACUCUCAUGCCGCAGCCCUGUGAUACCAAACACGAGUGGAUCUGCAAGCUGUCCAGAGGUGAUAAACUGAAAAAACCCUACUGGUACACUGAGCAGAGCGAGCCCUGGGUGUUUUACCGUGGAGCUGAGUACCUGCUGGCGAAGCAGCCCUUUGACUGGGACGCUGUGUCUCUGGCCUGUCAGAUGAUGGGAGCCUACCUGCUGUCCAUUCACUCCAGAGAUGAGCUGCACUUCGUCAAGGAGCGCUUGCGGCGGCUCUCCUUGGGCCCGACUGACUGGUGGAUCGGCUUGUCCAUGGGGCAGCCUGGAGAGGAGGUCAGGUGGAGCGACAAGACAGGGCUGGACUUUCAGAACUGGGCAGACAGGGGCCAUAGGAAGUACGGGUCAUGUGCGACCAUGUCUUCUUCAACAGGGAAGUGGUCGACAAGUAAAUGCAGUGAUCUCCACGGCUAUGUGUGCAAGAGAAAGACUGUGUCUGUGGUGGAGACUCCCAGGGAGCCGCACUACAUUGGAGGAUGUCCGGAGAAAUGGCUGUACUUUGGACACAAGUGCCUCCUACUUCACCUCCCCGGCAGUCCAAAGGAGGGAAAGAGUUGGAAUGAUGCCCAGUCCAUCUGCUCCUCAUUCGAAGGCUCACUGGUUGCUAUAGAAGAUGAGAUUGAACAAGCCUACAUCACCAUGUUGCUCCAGGGCAGCUCUGUAGGUGUGUGGAUUGGUCUUCGGGACGAGGACACAAUGAAAUGGACCAACGGGAAACCAGUCAGCUACACCAACUGGUCUCCAAUUGAACCAAAGAGCUAUCUCACUGAGAAUGAGUGGCUCAGUGGAUUUGCUGAUGAGCCACUGUGUGCUGUACUCUCCAACAAUCACAACUUCCACCUGACGGGGAAGUGGUACGAUGAGAAGUGCAGCGAGAGUGGGUAUGGCUUUGUUUGUCAAAAACCUCAAGAUACAUCCAAACCCCCCACCCACUCCUAUCACCACCCCCUCCCCGACAAUAUCGAGUACAGGACCCGCAGCUACAAGGUUGUGUCUGGCAACAUGAGCUGGUACGACGCGAUGCAUUUGUGCAUAGAGAAUGAUUCUGACCUAGUGAGCGUUACAGAUGCCUACCACCAGGCUUUCCUUACUGUCCUUGUCAAUAGAUUGGCAGUCCCCCACUGGAUUGGACUGUAUAGUCAAGACAGCGGCAUCAAUUAUCAGUGGUCAGAUGGCAGUGACACAGUGUACACACACUGGGACGCAGCCGACGACGACGAUGACUUUGUGACGGGAGAGUGUGUGUACAUGGACGUGAGCGGAGGCUGGCGGAGAGCCGACUGUGAGACUCUGCUGCCAGGAGCCCUGUGUCAUGUUGCCCCACCAAGCAAUAAAGCAUUUGUCUCAUAUGAGGUGGUGUGUCCCUCCACGUGGGUGAAAUUUGGACAUGGCUGUUACAACUUCGAGCCUGUGGUGCAGAAACUAACAUUUGAAGAGUCAAGGGAGUACUGCAGGCAGAAAGUCAACACCUCAGAUGUGCUGACCAUCGAGAGCGAGACAGAGAAUCGUUUCAUUCUGGAACAGCUGUGGUCGUCAGGGUUCCUUCACCACACCGUAUGGUUGGGGAUGUACUUCAACAUUGACACUGAUUCUAUGGCCUGGGUGGACGGUUCACCGAUGGACUACAUCAACUGGCCCAGUAAAGCCCCAGACCCCAAGCUGCUCACUACAGAUACCUGUGUUACCACCAGGGUGAUUGAUGGAGUGUGGCACCUGUCACAGUGCACCGAGCGCCUCGGCUUUGUCUGCAAAACCAUCUCAGAUGCUGUUCCUGAGGUGGAAGUGGAACCACUAAACGGUUUACAUCAUGGUGUCAUUGCCGCUGCAGUGCUGGUGGCUGUGCUGAUCUUUGCUCUGCUGGCAGGAGCGAUGUGGUUUGUGUACAAGAGGAACUCUGUGCGUUUUCGUGGGAUCCCUAUGCUGGGCAGCGCUUACUACAGACAAACCAGCUCCCAGGCUUUAGAAUCAGACGGAAACGUGCUGAUCACAGACCUGGAGCCUCACUCAGGAGAAUAGCACUCAGUGACUGUCUUUCUUAUUUUAAAGUCUCUGUUGUCCUCGCGUUCUCUGUCUGUCUCUCACCAUUUCACCAUCAGGUAUGAAUGCCACAUGACACUGUAAAGCUGUGACACUGACUCCUCAGGACAGUGGUGAGAUGUUGACGGCAAUGUUUUCUCUCUUAAAUAUGAGAGGGUGUUAGAAGGAUCCCAGUUGCUCGCUACAGUUUUCCUUUCUGCGAACCAUUUAAAUGAGACAAAUAUUUGCGAAGAUAUUUGUUGUGUUGACACUGAAGAGUCCACAUUUGAAUUUCUGUUGUUUGAAUUAAGACUAACAACGUUCACAUAGAUGAGAAUAUUGAAGAAGGGAUGCUAGAGAUCAUUAAACAUGUUAAAAGAGGUACUGAACACUUAAUGUCUGUUAUAAUCCUGCGGUACGAGGAUUUCAUCAAUUAUAACUGGUAAACACUAUUCAGAAAAAAUAAUUUGAAUAAUAAGGACUUUUAGGAAAAUCUACCUGUCAGGGUCAAAAGUAACUUUCAUUGUCAUAAAUAAGAGGCAGAUUGAUGACAAAAAAAGAAAUCACACAAAUUAUAUUUGUGAUGUAAUUUUGUACAUUUCAUUCAGAAUCCAGGAAAUGUUGGAGUUGUAUAUGUGGUACAGCAGUUUUCUCAGUAUUACUUUUGUAUUUUUAUUGUAUUUUUCUAAAUAUACAUGCUGUAUAUUGAUAAGAGUUUUUUUUUUUUUUUUUUGUAUAUUCAAAACUGGAAAACAGAAAAUGUCUGACACAUAAUUAAUGAUUGGAUUUCUCUUUUUCACUGUUGUCCGCAGAUGCAAAGCAAAUUAUGAUAUGUAUUUUGCACAGCUGUUUUUGUGUUAAUAAAUUGAAAAUAAGCCUA